AUGGCGCUUGUUCUUGGUGUUGAUGCUCUGGGUUUGAUUAUCCAUGAGCCUGAUAAUCUGUUGGACCGAAAAAUCGGGUUCCCUUGGCCGGAAAUUCGAAACCUCUCUUUUUACCACGAUAAGUUUAUAAUCCAACCAGCAGACAAGACUGCAAAGGAAUUCGACUUUUUUAUGGAGAAGUCCAAGAUUAACAGACCUAUUUUGGCGUUGUGCAUCGGCAAUCAUGAGUUAUACAUGCGUAGAAGGAAGUCUCACUCUAUCUAUCGAAGUGCAGUAGAUGAAGAUACAGGCGAAAAGACGACGUGA